ACUACUAAUACCUAUAUAUACUCAUAACUGGCUCAUUUAUAUGCAGUAUCAGUUCAUGUUUUCAAAAAUGUCUCCCUAUUAUGUGAUAUUGUAUUUCUAUAUCUUCCGUAAUAGUUUUUGUGAAGUUAUACCAACAUACGUGAAUGAUAUCCUGAAGGAAAAUAACGUUACCACAAAUGAUGGAAAUAAGUUCAUCAAAGGAGGCAAUAAUUCUAUCAAUUUCACUUUAACGAAAUUAUUCAACAUCCGACUGGAGGGAAAAUAUGAAAAUCUGCAUCCGGCUGUUCAAGACGUUGUCCAUUCUCAAAUGAUGGCAGAAUCAGAAGGCCUAAAUCGUGGACAAUCACAGGAAAGUUACGUUGACGGUCAAAUAUUGAAUAAAAUAAAGAAAGAAUUUGAGACUGUGAAAGACCUCCUACAGAACCACAACAAUUGUGAAUUAACAUUAGAAAAAUAUCUGGAAGGUUUGAUCAAUAGUAAACCUACAACGAUGUCAGGACGAAACGAUGAAGACGAUUAUCAUCCAUGUGAAUACAGUGCAGUAUGCAGAUCGUUGGUGGGAAUCGACAAAUUACCAAUCUGUCAAAGUCUAGAGAGGAAUCGAAGUUUUAACUUUCAGAAGAAUACCACGAAGAGAGAUCUACCAAGGAAUUGCAAAGAGAUACAAGAAAAUGGUCAUACAGUUUCUGGUUUAUACGAAAUCCAACCGAAAACGUCCAAGAAGUCGUUCAUGGUGCUUUGUGAUAUGGAAACCAAGGGAGGUGGCUGGACCCAUAUCCAGAAGAGAGUAGACGGAUCAGUAGAUUUUUAUAGGGGUUGGAGAGAGUACAAACAUGGAUUUGGCAAAUUAGAGGGAGAGUUUUGGAUCGGACUGGAAAAUAUAUAUGCUUUGACAGGUUUUGAGGUGAACGAACUUUUGAUUGAAAUAGUGGAUAGGGAUCAGGUGACAGCCUAUGCCCACUACAAAGCAUUUGGAAUCGGACCUGAAAAGGAAGGAUACCCUCUGAAAGUUCUCAGAGACUUUUUUGGCGAUGCAGGAGAUUCUCUAACCGACCACUUGGGCAGUAAAUUCACAACGAAAGAUUUGGACCAAGAUACGAAUCCUAGUAAUUGUGCAGUCUUGUUCGAUGGUGCCUGGUGGUACAAAUCCUGUCACAUCAGCAACCUCAACGGAAAGUACCUCAAUGUGGAUCUACCUGCUCAGUACAAGUUCCAUGGUCUACAUUGGAAAACAUUCAGGAGUCAUGAAUACUGUCAUGCCAGAGCUCGCAUGAUGGUGAGGCCAGCUCAAAGUUGAAGUUGAAGUUGAUUUUUUUUAAUUAUGCCUCUCAGCAUGUUUCUGUUUGUGCUUAAUAAAGGAAAACUGAAAUCCUCUUUCGACU